CACGGAGCUGCGCUCCGCUGGGCUCGGCUUGCGUGAGCUGCGCGGGUGUCGUUGGCUUUGCUGAGUCGUAGGUGACGGUGGGAGAGCGGUGGCCGGCUGGGAAGUGUCGCAUCAUGAAGUUCCAGUACAAGGAAGACCACCCGUUCGAGUACAGGAAAAAAGAAGGGGAGAAAAUCAGGAAGAAGUACCCCGACAGAGUCCCCGUAAUUGUGGAAAAAGCACCAAAAGCCAGAGUACCUGAUCUAGACAAAAGGAAGUAUCUUGUGCCUUCUGACCUCACAGUUGGGCAGUUCUACUUCUUAAUCCGAAAGCGGAUCCACCUGAGGCCAGAGGAUGCGCUAUUCUUCUUUGUCAAUAAUACCAUCCCUCCCACGAGUGCUACCAUGGGUCAGCUGUAUGAGGAUAAUCACGAGGAGGACUAUUUUCUCUACGUGGCCUACAGUGAUGAGAGUGUCUAUGGCAAGUGAGCAGCAGUCCCCCAGGCAUGCAGGCGAGAUGGACUGAUGGAACUGAUUGGGGAAUAGGGGGAGGGUGUUGAAGAGGAGGAAGAAGAAUGCUUGAGAAGAGGGGAAGAGGACUGGAAGUUAACCACAUGCACAGUGCCAUCAUCUUCCAUGUGUUAAUUAUAACCAUUAUUUUUAAGUUGAGGGGAG